GUACCCUUUCACGCACAGGUAAUGUGUGUAUGCAUUCUAUAUUAAGUAUAUAUAUAUAUGAAUCUCAUUCAAGUAUCUGGUUUUAUGAAGCUUUGGCAUUUCGAGAUUUCCAAUCGAAUUAUACUCCUGUAAUGCAUUUCUCCUCUCUUCUGAUCUAACUCUGUACUCGCUCGCAGGACGUCUUCUGCUAAGAGUCCAAAAUGUCACUCGGUAAAGAUCUUCUGUAUUUGAUCAGACAGUUUUGUUAUGAGGAGAAGCUUCAUAAAACUGCCCACAUGCUCGAGCAGGAGACUGGAUUCUUUUUCGACAUGGAUCAUUUUGAUGAGAUGGUGAUGAGUGGUGAGUGGGAUGAGGCUGAGAAUUAUCUGUCAGGAUUCACUUCCAUAGAAAAUAAUCAGCAUUCGAUGAAGACAUUCUUUGAAUUAAGAAAGCAGAAGUUCUACGAGGCUCUUGACAAGCAUGACACUAUGAACGCUUUAGAUAUCCUUUUAAAAGAUCUUAAAGUGUUUGCCUCGACUAAUGAACAACUGUACCGAGAACUGACUUCACUGCUCACCCUGGAUGACUUCAGAGAACAUCCUUUGCUUUCCUCAACGUACGGGGAUGUCAUUUCGGCUCGAAGGCAAAUGAUGGAUGAAAUUAGGCCUAUUAUUAAAGAAAAUCCACUCUUCCUUGGGAAAGUAGAGUUUCCACAGGUUGAGAAGUCAAGAUUGCGCCGUCUCAUCAAUCAAAGCUUAAAUUGGCAGCACAUUCAGUGUCCAAAUCCUCAAGUAGUACCCCAAAUCAAAACACUAUUCUCUGAUCACAAGUGUUUGGGAGACUCAAAUGGACAGAAUGCCUCGGUAACAUCAUCUCUGAGACUUUUUCUUAUGUUUUCUGAAACCAACGUUUCAUUUCUUCCUGUACAUUUUCACUUUCAGUCAUUCAAGGGAAUGUCGAGUUCGUUGUCUCCAUCUUUUUGCAAGCCGAAGGCUUAUCUUCCUGAAUUGAGAACUUCAGUUGGUGCUCUCAAUCUUGGAAAUCAGAAAAAGUUAGCCACAAUAUUGGAGGAUGCGGAGCAAUCAGAUACUGCUUCCCAAAUAAUCUCUAACAUGCCUCUUGAUAAGAUGGUGUCUCGAAACCAUCUUUCAGUCGAGAACCACAACCUAAAAUUCAUUAUUCUUGAUGACUUCCCAAAGACAGUUGAACGCUGUCUGGAAAUGAGCUCCUCCCAAACUAGCAUGGAGUUUCACCCCACAGAAGAUUCUCUGAUCUUAGUUGGAAAUAUCAUGGGCGAAGUAGAAUUGUGGGACAUCAUUGCCGAAGUGAAGUUGUUCAGCAAUGCAUUUAUGAUUUGGAAUAGAGAAGCCAUCUCAGAGUCAUUUUUGAAUUCUCUACAUACAGAUCAACAGAUAUCAGUUAACUGCGUCUUAUGGAGCCCAGAUGGUUCAACCUUUGGUGUUGCCUUCUCAAAAAACAUCGUGCAGUUGUAUGCCUGUCGUGUUGAUAUAAACUACAUCAAGAAACAACUUGAGAUAGAAGCUCACUCCGGUAGUGUGAAUGAUCUUGCGUUCUCUUUGUGGAAUGAUCAACUUCUGAUCAUAACCUGUGGUGAGGACAAGUUGAUCCAGGUAUGGGAUUCGAAGAGUGGCUCCAAACAGUUCACUUUUGAAGGUCAUGGCGCCUCAGUCUACUCAUUGUGCCCUCAUAUCAACGAAGAUAGCCAUCUUCUUCUUUCCACUUCAACCAAUGGUGAAAUAAAAGCAUGGUUAUUCACGAACACUGAACCGAUUGCUGAAUAUGAUGCAUCUGGUUGCUCUCAUAUGAAAAUGGCUUAUAGUGAUGAUGGCAAAAGGCUCUUUUCAUGCGGGACAAAUGAAGAUGGAAACCCCUACAUAUUAGAAUGGAAUCAAACUGGAGGUUAUAUAACCAGGACUUACCAUGGCCUCUGCAGCAAACAUGCAGGUGGCAAAGUGCAAUUUAGUACGAUCAGGAACCGUUUUUUGGUUACUGGUGAUGACCACCUAAUCAAAGUUUGGGACAUGGACAAUGUUCAACCAGUAACUGCUCUUGAUGGAGAUGGAGGCCUACCAGAAACCCCUUAUGUUUGCUUCAACAAGGAAGGCACUCUUAUGGCUACUUUUGCAAAAGAUAAAAAGAUCAAAAUCUUGGCAAAUGAUGAUGGACAUAAAUCGCUGCAACCUUCUAACUUAUGCACUCCUGAUGAUUCACUUGGCUACCUUUCUGAUUCAUUGCAAAAGGUCAGCAUUAGAACUUCUAUGGAGUCAGCAAGAUUCGCGGUUGAUCCUGAACCUGAAAGCUUCCUUGUGGACGAGAGUAUGAAACCUCAAGUUCACUUGACGCUAAACAAUGUACCAAACAGCCAAAAAUGUUCCAAAAUUAUACAAGUAUCUGAUUCCCAUUCUUUGAGGCUCCAGUCUGAAGUGAAGACAAAUAAGAUAUGCAGGUUAACAUAUACUAAUGCCGGUAAUGGGAUUUUGGCAUUAGCUGCAGAUGGCAUUCAUCUGCUCUGGAAAUGGUCAGGUUAUGAAUCUAACAUCUCUGAUAAGGCAAACACAAGUCACGCACCGCGACUGUGGCAACCACGGAGUGGAUUACUGAUGAUCAACCAUCUCAGUGAUGAUCUUAACUCUGACAAAGUGUUCUCACCCUGCUUUGCAUUGUCCAAGAAUGACGCCUACCUCAUAACGACUUCAGGAAAAAAGGUCUCUUUGUUCAACACUAUGACAUUCAAGGAGUUGAGAAGCUGUUUGCCAUCUCCACCUGUUGCCACCUGUAUGGCCUUCUAUCCUCCAGAUAACAACAUAGUUGCAAUUGGCAUGGAUGAUUCAACCAUACUCAUCUACAACAUGCGUCUGGGUCAGGAAAGAAGCAGACUCAUUGGACACUUGAAACAGAUAACUGGAUUAGCCUUCUCAAGUCCACUCAAAGUGCUGGUCUCUUCUGCAGUAGAUAAUCAGAUUUAUGUACAGGUAUCAAAAAUCCAACAUCUGAAGACAAAAAGUGUUUCGCUUCAGCUUCCCCCUGGAUGGUUGCCAUUGGAAACAAUAUCAGAGACCAACAUCCAGUUUCAUCAAGAUCAGAAACAGUUUCUUGCAGUCCACGAGACACAGCUUGCCAUCUAUGAAACAAUAGACCUAAAACGAGUGAAUCAGUGGAUGAUUGGAGAGUUCUGUGCGAGGCUUACUAAUGCUAUAUUUUCAAGCGACAACGAGCUUGUUUAUGCCAUCAUGCGAGGUGGUAUUGUGGUAAUACUGACCGCUAAGGAUUUGUGCCCAAGACUUGAGAUUGAUCCUUCUGUAUACCUUCCUUCAACUGUCAGCUAUGGUGUGUAUCCAAAUGUGGUGGCAGCUCAUCCUAAGAAGCCAAACCAGUUUGCAUUAGGGCUAAGUGAUGGUGGAGUAGUCAUCUUAGACCCUAGUGGGCCUCAAGGAAACUGGAUCAUAUCCCCACCUUCACUGAAAGAUGAUUAUGAUGAAGAAUUUGAAUUUUGCCAGCACAAUGUAAUCACAAACUAA